AUUAACGCACAAUUACAUGGAAGGCCAGCUUUGUAAUUUCGCAUACUCUCUGUUCUUCUUCUUCUUCUUCGUCUUCUUGUUCUUCUUCUUCUUCUCGUUCUACAUAACUGAACUCCGCUGAAAACCACUCUUCCCUUAGAAAUUCCCAAAACCCAUUGCGGACAAAAGCACCAUUGCAGACAAAAACCCCGCAUAUCCACUGCAGUCCAAAAAAUAUGAAAAAGCAACAAACUUUCCAUCUCAACAACAAGGACAUGGCAAACCCAUUUGACAUCUUCACCAACGAGAUGAUAUUCACCAUCCUCGAUUAUCUCAACGACGACCCUUUUUCCAAAAGGUCGUUCUCUCUGGUAUGCAGGUCCUUCUACUUCAUCGAGUCCCGCCACCGCACGUCCCUCAAACCUCUCCGCUCAGAUCUCAUUCCCAGGACUUUCCAUCGCUAUCCUUCCAUCGCCAACCUCGACCUCUCUCUCUGUCCUCUCGUCGAUGACAACGCCCUCACCUCGAUUUCUUCCACGUGGAAAUCCACGCUGCGCUCCGUCAAUCUCUCGCGUUCUAAAUCUUUCACCAGCAUUGGUCUGUCGGCUUUGGCGUCGAAUUGUUUGGGUUUGGUCGAUAUCGAUUUGUCCAACGGUACGGAGCUGACAGACUCGGCGGCCAAAGUCAUCGCCGAGGCUAAGAAUCUUGAGAGGUUGUGGUUGGCGAGCUGUAAAUCGAUCACGGAUAUUGGGAUUGGGUGUAUAGCUGUUUCGUGCAAAAAGCUCAGGACCAUUUGCCUUAGGUGGUGUCUGCGAGUCACUGAUUUGGGAGUUGAAUUGAUUGCUAUGAAAUGCAAAGAGAUCCGGAGUUUGGAUCUCUCUUACCUACCGAUCACAGAGAAAUGUCUUCUGCGUAUACUGCAAUUGCCACAUCUUGAGGAUUUGGUUCUUGAAGGAUGCCUUGGAAUUGAUGACGAUGGCCUUGCGACCCUCAAGCAUGCCUCCAAGUCAAUUAAGAUGCUUAAUAUGUCAAGAUGUCAAAAUGUCAGUCAUGUGGGUUUGUCUUCUCUGACAAGUGGUGCUGAAUCUCUACAGCAGCUUAUUUUAGCAUAUGGUCCUGCAGUAACCGCUGAUCUAGCAAAGUGUCUACAUAACUUUGCUGGGUUACAGUCGAUUAAACUAGAUGGUUGUUCGGUUACUUGUUCUGGGAUGAGAGCCAUUGGAAACUGGAAUUCUUCCCUCAUAGAGCUUAGCUUAUGUAAGUGCACAGGAGUUACAGAUGAGUGUCUCUCUUUUCUUGUGCAAUCGCAUAAAGAACUGAGAAAGUUGGAUAUCACUUGCUGUCGGAAGAUAACAUGUGCUUCUAUAGACAGCAUAACAAGCUCAUGCACCUCCCUUACUUCUCUUAAGAUGGAGUCUUGUAGUAUGGUUUCAAAAGAUGCUUUUGUUUUGAUUGGACAGCGUUGCCAAUUGUUGGAGGAACUGGAUGUCACAGACAAUGAAAUAGACGAUGAAGGUUUGAAGGCCAUCUCAAGAUGUUCCAGGCUUUGUAGUCUAAAGCUGGGAAUUUGCAUAAACACAACUGAUGAUGGACUUACUCAUGUUGGGAGUGGCUGUUCAAAGCUCAAAGAGCUUGAUUUAUACAGGUCUCCAGGAAUAUCUGAUACGGGCAUUGCAGCAAUUGCUCAGGGCUGUCCUGCUCUGGAGAUUAUUAACAUUGCUUAUAACAACAAUAUAACAGAUUUAUCAUUGACAUCCUUGUCCAAUUGUUCGCGUCUAAAGGUGCUUGAAAUUCGAGGAUGCCCAUGUGUCUCGUCGGUGGGUCUAUCAACAAUUGCUAAGGAAUGUAAGGUGAUAGAGGUAGUGGACAUAAAAAAGUGCUAUAAUAUCAAUGACAAUGCAAUGCUUCCACUUGCUCAAUUUUCCCAAAACCUCAAACAGAUAAAUUUGUCAUAUUGUUCGGUCACAGACGUUGGGCUCUUAUGUCUCUCCAGCAUCAACCGUCUACGAAACAUGACCAUCCUGCACUUAGCUGGAUUGACCCCAAAUGGACUUGCUGCUGCCCUGUUAGCAUGCGGAGGCUUAACAAAAGUGAAACUCCACACCUCCUUCAAACCAUUACUUCCUCAACAUAUUUUCAGAUACAUGAAGGCUCGUGGUUGUGUGUUCCACUGGAGGAACAAAGCAUUUCAGGUCGAAAUAGAUCCAAAGGGAUGGCAGCUGCAGUCUGGAAGGUGUUCUGAAGCUGCUGAGUAGAGUAGAGUAGAGUAUCGGGUGGUUCAUGAAUUUGUUAUUCAAACAGUGAGCAAAUAUAGACUGUUCACUACAUUUCCAAAGGGUGGGAGCUAAAUCUUGGAAGGAAUCCUACUCAAGUUCCAUGGUCCAAGGGGGAAAAAAUUUCAACUUAUGGAUGUUUAUGGACACAAAGCAGUGCAACUUAGAGAGGGCAGAUUGAUUUAAUACCAGAGAAAGCGUCAAAAGCAAGAAAAAAAGAUUCUCAAAUCUUGAAAUGGACUAAAAUUUCUUUACAUUGUCUAGUCAAAUGUUAACACAUAACAACUCUGAAAGCAAUGGAAAUUGACCGUGAUUUUUAAAAUUUUGGUUACCCAGUUAACAAGAUCUUCGCUAUCAUAUCCCUUAAAGAAAGGAUGACCACUUAGUCAUUCUCAAGGGAUUAUGAUAAUGAUAACUAUGAUCUGCUGGCUCAACUUAAUGAUUGGUUUAGUAUAAUGUAAAACUCAUGCUUAAUCUAUUGCCUGUGCUAGAGUUGAAACAACAGAAAACAAUUUCUCACUAGUUUAUUAUUAUUCUUCUGUAGAAAGCAAAAGGCUUUGAAAUAUGGGUUUCUCAUGUAUCUGUAUGUAUAUACAUUGAAGUCUAUGGUUUUUGUUGCUUUUUUCUA